AGUCCUGAAGCAGAAGACAAAUACACAAAGUUACAAACCUUCCAAUUAUGGCCAUUUCUUAAUUUGAUGUUUUUCCUUGGGUCAUAACUUAAGAACAAGUGGUGUGAGGUGUGCAUUAUUAAUGCAUAAACAGACCCGGCAUCGGUGGCACACAAUACGUGAGUUUUGGUCCACUUUGUGCCUUGUGGCUUCUCUUGCGCGUGGAACAGAACUCAUCCAUUCUUCUCCAUAUAACUCACUGCUACCUUACCAUUUUUCCUCCAUCUCUUAUGACAAAUUCUCUCUGUUCAUAGAAAAUAAAAGAAGGAAGAAAUGGCAGGAGAGUCAUACGAUGAGGCCGUUGCAACGCUGACCAAGCUCAUCAGCGAGAAAGCCGAUCUCGGAGAUGUCGCCGCCGCAAAGAUCAAACAGUUGACGGCAGAGCUUGAGGCGAACGGAUCGAAACCGUUUAACCCUGACGAGAGGAUCCGAACCGGUUUUGCCCAUUUCAAGAAUGAGAAAUUCGAGAAGAAUCCGGAAUUGUUCGGGGAUCUUGCCAAAGGCCAGAGCCCAAAGUUUAUGGUGUUUGCUUGCUCAGAUUCAAGAGUUUGCCCAUCCCAUGUUCUGGAUUUCCAACCGGGUGAAGCCUUUGUGGUCCGAAAUAUUGCCAACAUGGUUCCACCAUAUGACAAGACGAAGUAUUCAGGAACAGGGGCAGCCAUUGAAUAUGCAGUCUUACAUUUAAAGGUGGAGAAUAUUGUGGUUAUUGGACACAGCUGCUGUGGAGGUAUAAAAGGCCUCAUGUCUAUCCCAGACGAUGGGACCACUGCAAGUGAAUUCAUAGAGAACUGGGUCCAAAUUUGUACUCCAGCAAAGUCCAAAGUUAAAGCAGAAGCAAGCGAAUCAGAAUUCUCAGACCAGUGUACCAAUUGUGAGAAGGAAGCAGUGAAUGUAUCACUUGGGAACUUAUUUACUUAUCCAUUUGUGAGAGAUGGUGUUGUGAAGAAAACGCUUGCUUUGAAAGGUGCACAUUACGAUUUCGUUAAGGGCACGUUUGAGCUGUGGGAUUUGGACUUCAAAAUCUCAUGCUCUGUAUCCGUUUAAGAUCACUGAAGCACCAAACGGUGUUCUAAACUCGAGGUGCGUGAUGAUGUACAUGAAUCCCUUUGCAAGUGUUUUGCUGUUGAAAAAGAACCCUCUCCCCUUUUUCUUUCUUUUUCCCAAAUCCCCAGAAAAGAAGCAAACACUCAGCAAAAAUAAUGGUCUUUGAGACCAACUCAAUAAGUUUUGUUUUCUACCGUUUUCUAUGCUACUUAGAGGAUUUCUUUCUGCAAACAAUUAUAAUGUUCUAGUCGGUAUGGAAAUUUUUUUUAAGUUUAAAAUAUAACUCACAAAAUGGUCAAAUUCAAUUAUGUUAUAUCCCUUCAAAAAUAAACGUUUUCUUAGCAAUCUAGUGUGUACUCUGUUACACUUUCAACUGAGUUAUUCAAUCAAUAGUUGAACGCUUAAUCUGUUGCUGAAAAUAUGAACGUCGUAAAGUUUUUUACGAGCUAAAUCCACAGUACAAAAUUUUUCUUUCGAACAAAAAUUACAAAAGCUUUAAAUUGAAAUCUUCUCAUCACACAAGGGACAGCACUUGUUUCAUGCCAAACGCGGGCAGCUAAGACAGCAGUUGCUAAAAGACACAAGCAAUAAAU